AUGGUAACCGGUCAAAACAAGGCACCAUCAUUCUUCAACUUCCUAAAGGAGGGCCUCCUCCUGCCGAUCGGAAAUCCGAAGCUCUUCACAUCGGUCUGCGCGCUCAUCCUCGCCUCCACCACGCUGAUUACCCUCGGCAACGACCUCGCCAUCCAUUCCAUCCCCUCGUCGAGGAGAUCAAGCUCCACAUCAAGGCGCUCGAGCAAUACCACCGAGUACGGCAGCCCGGACUACGCCAAGCUCCUGCAGGAGAUCCAGAAUAACACCAAGGAGCUCCUGCUGGUCGGCGAUGGGUUCGUCCUGUUCGCCGUCAUGGUCCGCGCGGCCGUCCGGAUCGUCGUCCUCUUUGCAGCCGUUUCGACGUACUCCAGCGAUGGCGAGCAGCGCGCUACUACAUUUGGCGCUCUCCUCGGCCAGGCUAAGGCGCAGAUCAAGGGGCCCCUUCUCACGCUCGCCAUCGUCUCCGUCCUGAAGAAGGUCUACGCCGUGCUCCUCCUGGCCAUGAUAGCUCUGGUCCACAUUCUUGUGGUGAAGCGAUACUUCGUGACUUUGCUUGUGGCCUCGCUGAUGAUCAUCGCUGCCUCCGUCUACCUCGUGUACUUCUCUUUCCUCUGUUCUUUCAGCGUCGUCGUGGCGGUGGCCGAGUCCGGCUGCAAAGGCUUGGCCGCGUUAGCCAAGGCGUGGAGGCUGGCGAAUGGGAAGAAGUGGCAGGUCGUGCUGUACCUCGCCGUGACCGGAGCACUGUCCGUCGCCGUAUCGCUGGUGCACAUGCUCGCCAGGACGUUCGCGGGUUAUAGCGUGGCGCUUGGGUUGCUACUGGGAUUUGUGUAUGUGGCUCUGCUGGGGCUCGUGCAGCUGUUCUCCGUCUGUGCCAUCACCGCGUUUUACUACGAGCGCAGGGAGAACAUACACAGCCAGCUGGGGGCUACUGGAUACGCCAAGCUAUCAACGGAAGAAGCAAAUGCUUGA